CAAAAACUAACAGUGACCCAUCACCCAACGCCUUUUUCCCCUUACCCACCCAUACCAACGGCCAAUCCCGGAACCGUCAAUCCAAAAUUUGAAACCCAUCCAUGCUAUUGUGAUCCAUCCGAAGCUGGUCUCUCUUGGUUUUGCUUGAUCCUGCCUUGUCACCUCGUCUCAUUGUCCAAUUUGCCUUGUUUCCUUCACCACGACCUCCAUCACACAAUCGCUUUAAUCCUCCAAGAUACCUGUCGUCUCCUCCUCACUCUCGCUUCACCAACUUAUACAACACACUCGUUCACCAUCUCACUCACUUGUGGCAAGAAAGGAGCAGUCAGUGCAGUCACCCGCACGGCUCACCGCGCCAUCUUGAAUAUUUUUGGGUGGGCAAUUGAAACAUGAGGCACUCGUCCAUCUAAUCUCGCGACUCGGAUCACAAAUUGACCAAAGCCUCCACCCUUGCGUAACCUCACAAACACGUCUCUCUACGAUCCUUCAAUAUGCCUCUCCUUCGCAAGGGCGAUCCAAGAAGGUCUCAGCAACACCUGAUGACUGAGAACAGGAUGUCGGCCGCGACCUCGAGCACGACGUUGGCAGAAUCCCCAGAGCGAUAUCUCGAGCCUCCUUCGGCUCAUCCUAUAUACGGCAAUUAUUCUGAAGAUGUCCCCCUUCAGGAGCAGUUCUCUCCACGAAGACCACCUAUGACAGAGUAUCAUACCCGAAACCUCUCAGACUACAUCCCCGAGAGCAUCAAGGACUCUCCGAUGGAACCUCAUCAUGGCAGCUUCCCACCUUUUGCUCCCAGAGCAGCAUCUACCUUCUCAGAAGCCGGCACGAUGAACAACUCCCCCUAUGGCGCUCUCUCGCCAUACCCCUCUGGUUCUCCCUACCCAGGAGGAUCUCCUUAUCCUGCAGGAACACCCUGGAGAAGUCAAGAGACACUAAGACCGCUCGUACCUGACGCAUCUCAAACAUACCUCAAAAGAGAUUGGGUCAAGAGCGGCUCCAUUGCUCAACUACAAUCAAGAGACGAUAAGGAGUUCAUCUACGGCUGGAAGAAAUGGCUGUUCCGAUACGUUGCCCCCAUACUCGGUCUCAUCACUCUCGCUUUAUACUGGAUUUACUUCGGCAUGCGAAUCACCUUCGUUGUCGAGGCACAACGGAAAUUCCACGCACCAUUCCCUUUAGCGUGGGUUUUCAUUGCCAUUGAGGUUAGCAUCGCCAUCCCCAUCUUCAUGCAAACGUUCUGGUCUCUGUUCAUCAUGAAAAAGAGACAGAGACCUCAGUUACGAUUGAUUGGGAACGACGUCCCCACUGUCGACGUCUUCAUCACUUGCUGCGGAGAAGACGACGAUCUUGUUCUCGAUACUGUACGCGCAGCUUGCGACUUGGACUACCCCAUGGACCGUUUCCGCGUUAUUCUGUUGGAUGAUGGAAAAUCGGAUCACCUCAAGCAGGUUCUCCAGGACAUGCGGGAGAUGUUCCCCAGCCUCUAUUACAUGCGCCGGCCGAAGUUCCCUGGCGUCCCUCACCACUUCAAAGCUGGCAAUCUCAACUAUGGCUUGGACGAGGUCCACAACUUGCCUGGAGGUGCCUCGGAGUACAUGGCGGCCUUGGAUGCUGAUAUGAUUCCGGAACAGCAUUGGCUGCGAGCCGUCAUGCCCCACAUGCUCUUGGAUGAGAAGAUGGCACUGGCAUGCCCUCCUCAGCUCUUCUACAAUGUUCCCAAGGGCGAUCCUCUCUGCCAGAGUCUUGAUUUCUUCGUUCAUGUUUCGGAACCUGUCAAAGAUGCUCUGGGCGUCGCUUGGUGCACCGGGUCAGGCUAUGUGGUUCGACGAAUUGCUCUCGACCAGAUCGGUGGCUUCCCUCUUGGUUCAUUGGCUGAAGACGUAGCUACGUCGUCACGUCUGCUCGGUCGGGGCUGGAAAACCGCUUAUGUUCAUGAACCACUUCAAUUCGGCACUGUCCCAGAGGACUACGGCAGUCACCUGAAACAACGCACCAGAUGGGCCAUCGGCACGGUCGAUACCUCGUUCAAGCUCAAGUUCUGUCUUUGGGGUGACGAUGUCAAGCAUAUGACGUUCGCUCAGAGGAUGUCGAGCUUCAUCUACGCUUUUCUGAGCUUGUUCAACAUCUUCCUCACGCUUUCAAUCUUCGCCAUGCCUAUCGUCUUGAUUGUCAACAAGCCGCUUGUUGCCUAUUCUAGCAACGCCGAACUCCGACUGCUCAUCAGGACCUGUUUUGCGCUCACGAUAUGCAACCGGAUCUGCGAGUUGGUCCUCUAUAUUCCCGCCGGAUAUGCCACUGGACAGCGUGGAAGUCGAUCACAACUGUGGAUGAGCCCUUAUAUCGCCCUGACUAUCAUCCGAUCAUUCGUUCUUCCAACCAGGCUCGGCGGACAGACACAGGCUUUCAAACCAACCGGCAGUCUGAAGUCUGCUCUCAAUGAACGAUUUCCCAAAAUACGAGCGCCUAUGUAUAGACGCCUUUGGACAAUCCUGGUCAAUUAUAUGGCCGGUUUCCACGUAGCCUACGUUUACUGGGUCCUGGUCGCCGUUACAAUGUCGACUUAUCGAGCUUUUCUCCAGCACGGCAUCCGAACCAAGCUCCUCGAAAAUCUGACACACGCCUGGUGGGUGCCGUUGGCCUGGGUACUAGUGGUUUCCUCUUUCUGGAUUCCUUUCACGUACGCUGUUGACCCACCCUCGAUGCCGGACCGCGAGACUUUACUCGUUCGAGACCCGAAGACUGGUGUCGCCCACCCCACGAAAGAGAGCAAGAAGAUUGCUUUCAGAGGACAGACACUUUGGUUCGAGUUCGAGUACACUUUCACCACUGUUUUCACCACCGUCGUGUUCGUGGCUACAUUCUUUUAUUAAAACUCCCACAUCGAUCACGACGACACGACAAUGUCUCUUACGGCUAUUUUUGUUUAAAUAAUACUGCACAUAUGGGAGCUAGAUCCCAGGUAUUGGGCGCACCGAGUCUACUUCGGAACAAACGAAGGACAACAUUGUACAGAACAUCAUCGCAAAAGGAGGAUUCCUUGUUGGCAUAGAACACGCCAGGGCUUGACCACCGUGGAUGUUAUCGGAGUUUUUGAAUACACAAUAGCAAUACUUGGGAGAACUGCUAGAGGCAGAGGAAUGCAACUGAUAUUGCAUCACUAUCAAAGGGUCAUACAACAUGUUUAGAUUCAGGCUGUGGUACGGAGUACCCAGCAAAGCAAUAAUGGGUCCAGGAUAUUUUACAUACACUCAGGUGUUGGAUCAAUGAUAAAAGUCAUUCUCAUAGCAGCCUUCGGCGCGGACCCCUUGCUUCAUGUGCCUCAUUCGUCUUA